AUGAGGAGUGAUUUCAGUAGAUGGAAACCAACUGAAAUCCAAAAGAGUGUAUUGAACUCCAAAUUCGCGAGCGGAACAAGAAAUCAAUCUUUGGAGGAAAUAAACCACAUUACUGCAGAGCUGCAGCGUCAUGGACUUGUGGAAGGAAAAAAUGUGUUCUUCUGGUUUCAGAAUGCCGCAUGUAGAGAUAAACAGAAAAAAGAAAAAGCAGAAUCAUGUGAUAGAUGGAAAGAGGAAAAAGCAGUAUCAUAUGAUGAUUUUUCUGAACAGCAAGUGCAUGGCGCUAGGAUUGAUGAUUUUCAGGAAAUGAUGGCACCGGUCCUUCCUCACAAGUAG